AUGUUCGACAUCUUCACCGCCAGUGCCCGGACGCCCACCUACAUCUCGUUCGUGCAGCCUCAACCGGAUGGAGUUUCCCUCAGAAGUUGUCUGCCAUACGCCGAAAACUAUGCCUACUACAAAAUGCCGAACAUUGACUGCGGGAUCGCCAACGUGGAGGAGGAGCUCACAGCGAUGGCACAACUUCUCGAUAAGAAUGAGGACAACUUUGACGCCCUUUCUGAGCACAGCUCCAUGCACUCUGUCAUCACCACGAAGACGUCGUCGUCAAGGCUGAACAGCUCGCUGACAAAACUCCGGAAUACCAUCCAAAAGCGGUGCAGUUUCAACCAAGGGAACGCCUCCAAAUUCCCGACCUUCUCGCGGCGGCAACAGUUCAAGCUGCACCCUUUCGACGUUGCUUCACCGGAAAAGGAAAACUACCGCCCGCUCGAAGCGCUCAAGCAGUCGCAAGAAGUUUCCAGUCCGCGGGUCCUCGUCGUCAAGCGCCAUUCGAUGUGCGAGAAGAGCUUCCGGAAGCGCGUGCUGCAGCGCCGCGAAACUGAGCUCGAGGAGCGUGAUCGGAGGAAAUACCAGAACCGAAUGCUGCUGAAAGAGCGCCUCGUUGACUACGUCGAGCUGCGCGGCCAGAGCAUCGAUUUGCCGUCGUACGCCGAGCUGAUGCCGACGCCGAUCGAGAUGCCGGACCCGGAAACGCCGAAGGCCGUCCAAAUCCAGCGGGUACCGGCCGAUGAAUUUUCGACACCAAAAGCCGCCACGCCCGUCCAGGGUUACUAUCGAAAACGGACGGCUGUCCGUCGCCACGUCUCCGAUGCCACCAGUUUCCUGAAAGGUCCCGUGAUCCCGGGUUCAAUUUUCGAGGAUGACGUCCGACUGCGCACCCCUCGCGUCCACAGAUUCAACCAGAGACUUUUA